GAAUUAAAGAUCACACAAAGUGUUUCUACUGUGAUGGAGGACUUUGUAGCUGGGAACCAGGGGAUGACCCAUGGACUGAACAUGCAAAGUGGUUUUGCAAUUGUGGUUUUGUUCGAAUUAACAAGGGUGAUGACUUUAUAAAGAAAUGUUUCUCAGAAUCAAAACCUCUCCAAAAUAUGGCCAGACCCAAUUCUUCAAAUGGAAUUAUAUCUGAAAAUGACAUAGUUGAUAGAUUGAUGCAGUCUACUAUGAUCAAGUCCAUUCUGCAGGAAAGCCUGUUUGAUGCUAACGAGGUUCGAUUUGCCCUUAACCGCCAGGUGCAAGAGACUGGAAUGGGAUUUUCAACUUUGGAUGAUUUGUGUGAAGCAGUCUUGAGCUACAGACAACUACAUUCUGGAAAAUCAAGUGAAACAAAGGAGACUGGUAGUAGUAAAGAAAAAUGUACAGCAGUUUCAUCUCUUUGGGGUUCUUCUCCUCGUACAGAGGUAUCUGGAAAAGAUGAAUUGCAAGGAAAGAAGGAGAGAAAGGUUUAUCAUUCAAAACCUAAUGCUGAUAUAACUAUAGAAGAAGAAAAUGAAAAGUUAAAGGAGCAGCAACUAUGUAAGAUUUGCAUGGAUCGUGAGCUAGGAGCUGUUUUUUUACCAUGUGGACAUCUUUUAACCUGCCCUCAAUGUGCCCCAGCUCUCAAGAUUUGUCCUCUCUGCCGGAGAGAAAUAACAGGAAUCGUUAGAACUUUUUUCUCAUAGACAGAAGUUUGUGACUGCUUUUUGUGUAUAUUUAGCAAAAGUAGAUGGAAAUAUAAAACUUAGUUAAGACUUAAUGUUUGCAGUCAUUCAAGUUGUAAUAAACCAUGGCAUUACUCUACUAGAUCAUGGUGAAAAAACAAUAAUUAAAGAUGGAAUUUUUGUGAGAAUAAAUUAAACCUGUUAUUCUACAAUUUAAAAUGAACUUUUAAAUUCUCUAUCUUUUACAAUAAAGUAUUUUUUAAUUGCAACUAACUGGUGGUUGUUGUUUUUAUGAUGGGAAAUUGUAAUAGAGUUUUUAAGUUUUAGUUAUUUAGUUUUUACUUUUAAUUCUAAAUUUCAAUUCAUAAGCUGUAGAAAAGAUAAGUUAGCUUAAAUUCCUGAGUAAAAUGUAUGUUGUUGUCGUGUCUGUAAAGUAUGCAUUCAGAAUUAUAUGUUGCUGUAUUAAUCUGGAUUUUGUACAAGCUCAAGAUUCUUGUCACCAGGUGGUUAAGAUUAUU